CGACUUUGUUUAAUUCAAUAUAACCCUGCCCAUUGGUCAUAGUCAUUAUAAGCACCAGGCAUUAGUACUACUAGCAGUAUCACUAGCAGUGGCACUACUCGCCGUUCGGCCGUCGCCUCGUACACCGGUACCAGCAAUAUAUAAAAUAGGGUGGCGCACAUCACAUGACUACAGCCCUCUCUCUCCUCCAUACUUGAAAGAAAAGUUAAUGCACACCUAUCACAACCAAAUCCCUCGAUCAACUGGUGCAGUGAAGUGAACAAUGUGUAUGUUCUUCGUAGGUGGUGUCUGCUUAGGUUUUCGUUAACAGAUUCGGAGUUUCAACAACUUUACAUCAUUCUUUGCUUCCAUCUUCGUCAAUCUUCGUCAUUAACGUUUCUAUAACGGGUUUUUCAUUUAUUUUACAACGCGCAAACUGCGUGUAUUCAAAUCUAUGUUUCAUAACUUUAGUUUUUAUUCGAUCGAAUUGUGUUGAUGGAAGCAAUUGCAACCGGAAGCGUUGUGUACGAUUUGGAAGUUUAACUCGUGUAGCGAGUUCGAAUUGGAUUCAAUUAAAUCGGAGAUUAUUUUGAACGCGAGAGUUGGGAUCGGAAAAUAGAAUCGAGUAUGUUGACUUGUAUUGCUUGUUCGAAGCAGCUCGGCGGUGGAUCUCUUCCCGAACAGGAAGAAGAUGACACCGGCGCUACACCUCGCAGUAAGCCAGCCAUUAAAGCUCUCACAUCUCAGAUCAAGGAUAUGGCGGUAAAGGCAUCGGGAGCAUACAAGAACUGCAAGCCUUGCUCCGGAUCAUCAAAUCACAACCGGACUAAUGAUGGCUAUGCGGACUCUGAAGCUGGUUCAGGGUCCGAUAGAUUUCACUGUGGGUACCAAAGGACUUGUAAUUCUACACCUAGGGUUUGGGGAAAGGAAAUGGAGGCGAGGUUGAAGGGGCUUUCGAGUGGUGGGAGCACUCCGGCCUCAUACAGUGACAGAAUUGAAUCAGUUAAGUUCAUAGAGGAAGACGAGCUUAAAGAAUGGGUUGCUCAGGUCGAACCAGGGGUCCUCAUCACGUUCCAUUCAUUACCUCAAGGAGGCAACGAUCUAAAACGUAUUCGAUUCAGCCGUGAAAUGUUCAACAAAAGGCAAGCUCAAAGGUGGUGGGCUGAGAACUGUGAGAAAGUUAUGGAGUUAUACAAUGUUCAACACUUCAAUCAUCAAGGAGUACCACUACCUGCUCCUCCAAAAUCUGAAGAUGAGGGCUCAAAAAUGGAGUCAUUAGAAAACAGCCCAGUGACACCACCACUUAGCAAAGAACCACCACCUCGUCAUUUCUACCAAAAACAUGAAUCUAAUUCUAAUGGGCCUGCAGAUGUAUCGACACCUGCAUUAUCAAGCAUAAGUGGGGCCAAAACUGAAACAUCAUCCUUAGCUUCUGCUAGGAGUAGUUCCACUGAUCACUCAGGAGACCUUUCUAUCAGCAACGCCAGUGAUUUGGAAACCGAAUGGGUGGAGCAGGAUGAGCCAGGUGUCUACAUUACCAUCAGAGCAUUGCCAGGUGGCAACCGUGAGCUCAGGCGUGUCCGCUUCAGUCGAGAAAAGUUUGGAGAAAUGAAUGCGAGGAUGUGGUGGGAGCAAAACAGAGGCAGGAUUCAAGAACAGUAUUUGUGAUAAUAAAAUGGGAUUUUAGGUGCUUUUUUUGGUUCUUGUUAUUUAUUUGAAAGUCAUAGGGAAUUAAUUAUGUGUUUGAAAUUGAAGGUAGACUAUGAAACUUACUUACUAAAUUGGGAUUUUAGCUUUAUAACAUUCCAAAAAAGUGAGCUUGUUGAAUUUGUUUUCGAUGGU